AUGAAGAACACCGCACCUGAGCAGAUCGCCUUCCCUGACCCCCCUCCGCAGCGCAGCCAAUCCCAGGCGCCUCAGUUAGUUUUCGUCACGAGUUGCUGCCUGGCGAUAUUUGCGUCGUGGGGCCGCCAGCAACGAAGGUCACAGCGGGAAGACUGGCGAGGACAGACGGAGGGCAAGGCCUGGGAGGAGCAGGCCGCGCGGCAGCAGCGGACGAGGGCCAGCCAAUCCCUUGCUCCGCUGGGCCUCUGCGUCACUAGUUGCCAGGGCGGCGUUCUUCACGGCGGCAGACGCUGGCCGCCCAAAGCUGAGGGAAAAAGCCCGGCGACAAUUGGGGAUGGCUGCCCCGCGCUAACCCUUCCUCCCGCCCCUCGGUCCCCUCACCGGUCGCCGACUGGCUCCUCGGACACCGCGCGGCUCCCACUCAGCUGGGUCGCUGACCCCCGCUUCCCGGAUUGCGGGACUGUGGCGGGGAAGGGAAGGAAGGAGCGCGGGGCGGCCUGGGGGGGAACUGGGAGGUGCCUCGGGAUUGAGGGUCACGCUUCAGCCCCGCUAUCCCGGGUUGGCCAGUGGCCCGCCUCACGCCGGUGCGUCACCGGUUGCUGGGAAAACUACGAGACGUACUACGGCUUCACCAAAGGUUCGGCCUUACCUGCACGGGCCGGAAUUCCAGUAAGGGGGCGGGACCAAUAG